AUGAGCAAUCACGAAGACGGCGAGAUUUUGGAGGAGGGCGAGGAAGUGGAAGAUAUCGUAAAUUCCUGCUCAAAUGAUACUUCUUCAUCAAUACCUACGUCAGCGGCUAUAAAUCGCGUCAUACAGCCUCCACCAUUUGCUGCCACGCUUCCUCUCGCCUCUAGAUGUCAGAAUCCGCGCAAACGUUUGCACUCGUCGUUACAGAAUGGCAACCACACUGAAACAGCCUCAAUAUACGACAAACGUACACCACUCUCACACCACCAAAAAGGUCGCUAUAACAAUCACAGAAGUAGUAGCUACAGACGCGAUGUCUCGUCAAACGAUGAUCGUGUAUACGAUGAAGAUUUGAUCAUCAAACACCCUCGGCAACAGCCUUGCAGUAAUGUACUACUAAAUUUUGCCACAUGGAUGGGCAGUGCAAAUCGCUUGGACAUCGAGGACGUUCAAAGUAUUAUACUGAAUGUCCUUCGUGGUGAUAGCAGUAGCCUGGAAGGUGUGGUGAGCCCAUAUUUGCUGCCAUAUUUGACACCUCGAGCUCGUUUGCCAAGCAAAGUAUGUGUCAUUUUAAUUCAAAAGAUGCAUCCAUCAGUGUUGCAGAAAUACCGAUCCAAGUUAAAUUUCUUUGACCAGUGUUCAAGCAUGCCAGUAGUACUCAAAAAACAUGACUCUACUCAGAUAAGACGGUCGGAAGCACCAUUACCAGAGCUUCUUUAUACUUUUCCAAAGCCGACAGUGGAUACACAUGAGCUAUCAACAGACGAGCUUUAUUAUGCACACGAAUUAACCUUUUUGAUGAAACAUUCAGCUGGAUUUACAGAUGAACUUGUCUUCAAUCCAACAGGAACAUUUACACGUCGAAGUCAACCAAUUGGGGGAACUUGGGUUCUAGAUGGUGAUUUGUUACAUCUCAAAUGGAGACAGCGCACAAUGAAUGUGGCACUAGACAUAAAUGCGACAAUGAAAGGUGCGGAUACUGCGAUGGACGAGGUAGAAGAUGAUGCAUACACGUUAGAUGUGCUUGUUAGCCAAGAUGAAAGCAUGCACGAAUUUAGAACCGACAAAGUCACGGAUGAGACAUACGCGCGCGAGGUUCCAGAACAUUUGGCCAAGAAAAGUCGGAAUGACAAGCCACGGUCCAUUUGGCUCUCCCUUGCAAAAGCUAUUGCUAUCGACGUACCUCGCUCGGUGGAUGGUUCACUAAUUUUGCAAAAGAAAAAAGUAAGUGUUCAAACAACGUUAGGCACGGAAACAAGUAGCAAAGUUGCGAAAGAGGAGGAACUUUUGACUCGGGAAGCAUUCGAGUAUUAUUUGCUUUCACGUGAAGAAUUGGUACAGCAUGGAUUUCCGAUAUAUGUGGAAGAAGAACAACGCAGAUUAGUUGAAGCGACUAAGGGAGGAACUCGCGACAAUUAUGUUGCAACGAAGCCGCGACCGACUAUUCCGGUUGAUGAUUCUUCAGCGUUCGAUAAAAUUGAUCUGAUGGAAACUGAGGAAGUUUUUACAAAAAAGUCAUUACGUGAUGAUUUCGUUUAUGCACUGGACUGUGAAAUGUGCGAAACGGAUCUUGGUAUGGAAUUGACGCGUGUGACAGUUGUCGAUAUUAGAGGUACUGUAGUCUACGAUCAGCUAGUGAAACCACAGAGCACCAUUUUAAAUUAUCACACGGAGUUUAGCGGCAUUUCUGAAGAAACAUUGCGAGAAACUAAAUACAUUUUAGCUGAUGUACAGCGGGAUCUGACAACACAGUAUCUCUUUGAGGAUACAAUUCUUGUGGGACACUCAUUGACGAGCGAUCUACGCGCUCUUCGCUUAGUGCAUCUGACGAUUGGAGACACGGCUAUUUUGUACCCUCAUCAACGCGGGUUUCCCUUCCGUACAUCGCUGAAGUUUCUUACCAAGACGUAUCUUAAGAAAGAUAUUCAAAUGCAGAUCCAGACUGGACACGACUCGGCUGAAGACGCAAUUGCAUCAUUAGAGCUGCUCCUGCUUAAGAUUCGUAAUGGACCUUGGUUUGGCAUCCCAAGUGUAGUCGCUUCAAGCUGUGCUUUUGAUUCCAUUGUUGAUAAAGUUUCUGCUUUAGACAAGUCAAUGAAAAUGCUUCGACUGCGUAGCCACGAUGAAAUCGUGAAUGGUGCUCGUCAAACAAAACGAAAACCGUGGGAUUUAUUCGCCAGUGGUGACUUUAAAAUUCAAUCCCAGAGCCCAUUUUGUCAUGCUCAUUUGGUGGAGGCCAAGGACAAAACCGGUGCUUCCAAAACGGUGGCAAAUGCUCUUAAAAAGAUUGAUACUUGUGAGUCUUUGGAGGAAUUGAAAAAUAGUAUUCAAAUUGUCAUGGAUGCUCAGCCAAGUGAGCAGCCAGACCUCUGUUGGGUGGAGAUUGAACCUCCUAGAGUUAGCACAACGCAAUACAACGAUUUUGUUGGAAAUCAUGAGCUUUGGAUGGGAGAACAGCAAGCUUAUUGUGAGCAAGUCAAUGCUUUUAUGCAGCAGGUUCGUGACGAGGUACUACCAAAGGAUAUGCUGCUGCUUGUACUUCCUCAAGGAGAUUUAAGCUUAUUACGAUAUCUCAAGGGCCUACAAACGCGUUCUAAAUGGCGUGAUGCCACCCCCACCAACGACGAUGCUCCAGAAGAGCUGCACGCUGCGGUCGGCGAUGCAUUCCGUGGUGCCAUGGAAAGCUGCCUGUUUCUCAUGCAGAAUCGAUAA